UGUAGGGACGCAGCCCUCUGAAGUCUAAUCUGCUUUAUAGGACCGUCAAUUAGGUCGUGUUUACACCUAAUCUAGCUGUAUGUAGGAGCUCCGGUUCAAAACACGAUCAGUGUUCCAGGUUGGGCUGCGGUGAUGGCGGACCACACCGACGUCAGUCUGCAGCCGGAGGAGCGAGUCCGUGCUCUGACCAAGAAAGGAAGCACGGUGGAAGUGAACGAGGAUGUGCCACCGCGCCGAUACUUCCGCUCUGGGAUGGAGAUGAUCCGCAUGGCUCACAUCUACACGGAGGAGGGCAACAUCGAGCACGCCUUCGUCCUCUAUAACAAAUAUAUCACGCUCUUUAUAGAAAAACUUCCCAAGCAUCGGGAUUACAAGACUGCUAACAUUCCCGAGAAGAAAGACACGCUAAAGAAACUCAAGGAUGUCGCAUUUCCUCAAGCGGAGGUUCUGAAAAAAGCUCUUUUGAGGAGAUUUGAACAAGAACAUGCCCAGUACCUUGUCAGAAAGAAAGCGGAGGAUGAGAUCAUGAUGCGGGAACAGUCCAAGCAGCGAGCGCUGGACGCCGAGCGGGAGCGCGUGGUCGAGAUGCAGCGCCGGCAGCGGGAGCAGGAGCAGUUCAGUGCCUUCGAGGAGAUGAUCCGCCGCCAGGAGCUGGAGAAGGAACGCCAGCGCGUGCUCCUGGAGUUCGCCACGCCCGCCACGCCUUCCCCAGACAUGCCACUCCUUCCAGGCAUCCAGGGUCCACCGACGGUCGCCCCGACUCCCCCGCUGAGCCCAGGUGAUCUACCCGUUGCCAACAACCAAUACAAUCGCCCUCCAGCCACCAUCGGCUCACCUGCCACCGCCCCGCCCACCUUCGACCGGGCGCUCAAGCCGGGGAUGCUGGUGAGCCCGGGGAGCAACAAUACAAUGGUGGAUGCCCUUCGGCAGUUGGCCGUUCCCGCUGAGCUGUGCCGGAGCUUCCUAAGGCUGGCCGAGGCCAACACAAGCCGAGCUGUAGAAACUUGCGGCAUCCUGUGUGGCAAGCUGACCAGAAAUGCAUUCACGGUGACCCACGUCAUCGUACCAAAGCAGAGUGGCGGACCCGACUAUUGCGACACAGAAAAUGAAGAGGAACUCUUUCUCAUACAGGACCAGUAUGAUCUCAUCACUCUGGGCUGGAUUCAUACUCACCCCACACAGACGGCCUUCCUGUCCAGCGUCGACCUCCACACACACUGCUCCUACCAGAUGAUGAUGCCAGAGGCCAUCGCUAUCGUCUGCUCGCCCAAAUUCAACGAAAUCGGUUACUUCAGGUUGACAGAUCGAGGAACAGAUGAAAUCUCCACGUGUAAACAGAAGGGCUUUCAUCCUCACAGCAAAGACCCUCCUCUAUUUACACACGCAGGACAUGUGAACAUCACAGAUGACACUGUUACCAUGAUGGAUUUGCGGUGAUUUUUUAAAGGUUUUUUUUUUCUCUACCAGAACACUCAUUGACUGUUUUUAUCAAACAGGAGACAUUUUAUCUGAGAAAAACACUCAUCUCGUUUUCAGGAUGGUACUGAGCGAACGCCGGCCCUGAGUUUACCAUUUAAACGGACUUCAGUUGUUCCAAUUGUUCUCAAAGGGAACAAACAUUGCAAUUUUCUUUUCUUUUUUGUGCUCUGUAAAAAUGAAUUUAUCACAUAUUGUUGCACUUUCCGAGCAAAUUACUAAUAUCCAAUUUACGGACCGGCAAACCUCUGCCCCCCCCUCUUGUGUCUGUCAGUAUGUGCUGUCAUUCAAUAAAAAUAAAAAAAAGUAUGUUUUCAGCGACAGAUGAUAACGGGCAGGAAACCCCCCGACCUUCUUUGUUUCAUCGUUUUCAUCAAAGUUUGUUCCUGCCUGACAGAUUAAAAAGUGCCAAGGAUUGAGAACGUUUUCACUUGUUGAAUUAUUCAUCGUGAGACGUAAAAAAAUUCAGUAUGAAGUCUGUAAUUGUGAAGUCUUUCUCUGUUCUUUUUUUUUCUUCUUUUUUUUGGGGAUUCGGUGUGUUUCCUUCAUAAGCUGUUGAAGUGCUAUUCGAGUGAUGAGAAGACGAGAAAACGAGAAGAAACGACAGCCAAUUGUAACUCAGGAAUUACAGGAAUUGUUGCUGUUUCUUGCUCUGUAUCCUAUUUUUAUAAAAACAGCCCCCCCCCAUCACUCCAUCACUCCACACAGUGUCCUUUUUUUAUCUAUAAAAUGGUUUAAAAGUUUGAUGUUUAAUUUCCUGCUUAUGAUGGAUCCACCUGGGGUUUUUUGUGGUCUUUUUUUUGGGUGAUGGGGGGUGAUGGUAGCACCUGUAAAAUGUGUCUUUUCUUCAGAGAACAUGUCUGAAUGUACCUCCUGCUACACAUUACCACACUUUACUAACUUCCCGGUUCAUGGUUCAUGCCUCUAAUCACUUUGUGUGUGGGUGUGUGGGUGUGUGUGUGUGUCUGUGUGUGUGUUUGCUUCUCUUGUUUAGAAGAAGUAAAAAUUAUUUAGCCAUAAUUAUAAGAUUUACAUUCAAUGAAUUAAAUGCCAAGACAAAAUAAACUCAUUGUAGAUGAAUUUGUUUGGCAUUGUUUGGUUUUGUCUCGUUUGAUCAGCAGCAUACAAUGUAUAUAUCAUUUUAAAGCAGUAAUGUGUUAAUAAGUGUGUGUGAGGUUGUGAGAGAGGGAGA